AUGUAUAUUUUGUUAUUAGAUAUUCUUGAUAAAGUUUAUUUGAUUUAUUUUGUUCGAGCUAUAGUUAGGACUAAUAUUAUGAGUUUAAUAGGUAUUGUAUGUAAACAGAAUGAUAAGAAUAUAAAUGAAAUAAUCAUAUUGGCUUUGAAUCUGACAAUUGUUGCUUUUCUUUACUACAAUUUCUUCUUAUAACAAUUGGAUUUUUUAUUAGAAGAAAGUUUUGCUCCAAACCUAAGCAAUCUGAUUAUAUCAAUUGUUCUAUUUAUUCUAUAUCGUCUCUUUUUCUUGGUUUCGCUUUUCUUAUAGAGCAGCCCAUCUAUUAAAUUGGAUAAGAGUUGA